ACGUUUCGAUAAAAAAUUUAACAGAAUGAACAAAAGCGAAGGAUGAGUGUGAUUAAUUUGGUAUCUUUAAGUAAGGUCGAGUUAAUGUCAGAGAUAAGCUUGUUAGUUCAAGCUACUCGCUGAGGUAAACAAGUUAGUUUUCUCUGAGUCGACUAGGAAUAUGGCAGGCUUCACGCGAAGCUUUUUAUUUUUAUCGAGAUGCUGUCGAUUUUCUUGUACAACUCCUUCGAGACAGAUUUCAGUGUCGUUUGCAGUCAAAGGAAAGCCCACUUUCAAUUGGCAAGAUCCAUUCGAUCUCGAAUCUCAGCUCACGCAGGAUGAGAUUCUGGUGAGAGAUCAGUUUCGAUCUUAUUGCCGUGAAAAACUAUUGCCUCGUGUACUCGAGGCAAAUCGCAAGGAAAUCUUUCACAAAGAGAUCAUAAGGGAAAUGGGUGAAUUGGGCGCACUGGGCUGUACUAUGAAAGGGUACGGCGCUGCUGGCGUUUCCUCCGUAGCCUAUGGUCUCUUAGCAAGGGAAGUCGAGGCUGUGGAUAGCGGAUAUAGAUCUGCUCUGUCGGUACAAUCUUCUUUAGUUGCUGGCGCUAUUUAUGAGCAUGGGGAUGAGGCGCAGAAGCAACGGUUUUUGCCAAAAUUGGUGUCUGGUGAAUUCAUCGGUUGUUUCGGGUUAACCGAGCCCAAUCAUGGUAGCGAUCCAGGCUCCAUGGAGACCAAGGCAACGUAUGAUUCCGAUAGGAAGGUCUAUAAACUCAGUGGAAGUAAAACAUGGAUCACAAACUCUCCGAUCGCCGAUAUACUAAUCAUCUGGGCCAAAUGCGAAGAUGGUGUCAUUAGGGGGUUCAUCGUCGAGAGGAAGGGCAACGACAAGGGCCGACUGUCCACUCCAAAAAUCGAAGGCAAAUUCUCGUUAAGAGCCUCCGUCACUGGUAUGAUCCUGAUGGACAACCUGGAGGUGCCUGCAGAGAAUCUACUUCCAAAUGCCCAGGGUCUCAAAGGACCGUUCGUUUGUCUGAACAAUGCUCGAUACGGAAUCGGGUGGGGAGCUUUGGGUGCUGCUGAAACCUGCUUGAACACCGUCAGAUCGUAUACUCUGGAAAGGAAGCAAUUUAACAGGCCGCUAGCUGCCAACCAAUUAGUGCAAAAAAAACUGGCCGACAUGAUGUGCGACAUUGCGUUCAGUCUUCAGGCUUGCCUGAGGGUGGGCAGGUUGAAGGACGAGGGCAAAGCGACACCGGAAAUGAUCUCUAUGAUAAAGAAGAAUUCUGCUGCGAAGUCCCUGGAAAUCGCGAGAGUUGCCAGAGAGAUAUUAGGUGGCAAUGGAAUAUCGGACGAGUAUCAUGUUAUUAGACAUGUAAUAAAUUUAGAAAGCGUUAUUACCUACGAAGGUACGAACGAUAUCCAUGCUUUGAUACUUGGCAAAGCUAUUACUGGUAUACAAGCCUUCUCUGCGUGAACAGUGAAUCCAGAACAGUGAAUCCAGAACAGUGAAUCAACCAAAAAAAUGUUCAUUCAUUAUAUAAUUACACUCUUUUUACACAAAUUACAUAUUUAAUGUUUUAAUAA